CCGGGCCGGUACCUGGAGGCCGUGGGCUGGGUGGAGGUGGUGGCCGGGCUGCUGCUGGCCUUCGGACCCCAGCUCCUGCAGGAGAUCAGCAACUUCGUCCUCAGCGUCGUCAUGAUCGGUGCCAUCUACACGCUGCUGGUGCUGCGGGAGCCCCUGGCCAUGUGCGCCCCUGCCACCCUCUGCCUCGGCCUCCUCCUGCUGCUCAACAUCCGUGGGUACGCGGCCCCAUCCAAGCCCAAAUUCGAGUGA